CUAAAUCAAAGUCCUUUAAAAGUUUGUUUUUUAUAGUAAAUGAUUGGAGUGUUAACCGAAUGUACAAUUUACAAAACAAGCGAAUUCGCUGGUUGAUUACUGUGCAGUGUAGGGGUUUGUGGUGCUGAUAGCCCUUUAGUUAUAGUGUGCUGGCGACGGGCAACUAAACAACUAAAUGAAUAGGGUGAAGACAGGGAGACAGACGAUAAAGGAGAUUUCGGGAUUUUAAGAGCAUUCAGAGAUGUCUGGGCCCACCUGGCUGCCUCCUAGAACUCUGGGAAGCCCAGAGAGACCUGCACCCCAAACUGCACCAUCUGGCCCAGCUUUCUACAGACCGCCGAAGAAGGUUGUUGUGGAAACCCGACCCAAAUACGGAUCAUACCCUCAAAACGGUGCUGGUGGAAAUGUAAUGGCAACCAGGUACAUGGCAACAGGACCGACAGGUGGGGUCAUGUCACACCAGGAAGAUUCUGGGUUAACAGCUUUUCGCCCACUUUCACCCAAGUCUGGUGACCACUACUAUCCGUCUUCUCACACCUCCAAAGAUGACCGCUGUUCCUGGAAUCCACAUAUGCCCAGUUAUGACCUUCAGCAGAAUCGUGGGCCUGAGAAGUCCGGUGCACACCUGACCAACAUCGAUGCUGAGAUAGACUCCCUCACUUGCAUGUUGGCUGAUCUGGAUAGCCACCCACAGAACUCAAGAACACAGAUCUACGACAAUGUGCCUUAUAACAAACCCAUCUCAGGGGAGCGAUAUAAACCUGUUGCUCAGCCUGGUGCAAUGUCCCAGGGCAGGUCCUCCACCGGGUACCCUGCUCAUUACCAGACCCAGUACCAUCCGGGCCCCCAAUAUCCCAACGAGCCUCCAGUCUCUGGCUCCCAGCAGGAUUUCUCCUACCCAUCUCCCCACAAACCCUAUCCCCAGCCCGUUCCAGCCUCCUACACCACUGCCUCCACCCCCACAGGCCCCCGGUUCAGUGUCCAGGUCAAAACAGCCCAGCCUGUCACCUACUCCCAAACAGGAAGGCAGGCAGAGCAAGCCUACACGCCCCCUCCUCCCCGUCAACAGGCCUCUCAACCAGUCCAGCAGGACCGUUCGCAACACUACGCUGACACAGCUUCAGGACAGCAAGCCUGGUACCCUUCUCCUGCCUCUGCCCAGGACCAUGAGGCUGGCCCUGCCUACAAGGGGGGUGCUGUUGUCCCAAGGCCUAGAGCCACCCAAGCUCCCCUGCCAAAGAACACGUCCUCUCACAGCCCUGCAUAUGCACCUAGUAAGGGGGCUAUGCCAAGGCCAGAAGAGGAGUUGGACCGCCUAACUAAGAAACUGGUGUAUGACAUGAAUCACCCCCCAACUGAGGAAUAUUUUGGCCGCUGUGCGCGGUGCGGGGACAACGUUCUGGGGGACGGCAGCGGCUGCGUCGCCAUGGAGCAGGUGUUCCACGUGGACUGCUUCACCUGUAUCACCUGCCACGCCCGUCUGCGUGGCCAGCCCUUCUACGCCCUGGACAAGAAGAGCUACUGUGAGAACUGUUACAUUAGCACCCUGGAACGCUGUUCCAAGUGCUCUCACCCCAUUCUGGACCGCAUCCUGCGUGCCAUGGGCAAGGCCUACCACCCGCGCUGCUUCACCUGCGUGGUGUGUGGCUGCUGCCUGGAUGGCGUGCCCUUCACUGUGGACGCCACCUCCCAGAUCCACUGCAUCGAGGACUUCCACAGGAAGUUUGCCCCGCGGUGCUCUGUAUGUGGCCAAGCCAUCAUGCCUGAACCGGGGCAGGAAGAGACAGUCAGGAUUGUGGCCCUGGACCGCAGCUUCCACGUCAACUGCUAUGUGUGCGAGGAGUGUGGGCUGCUGUUGUCCUCUGAAGGAGAGGGCCGUGGCUGCUACCCCCUGGAUGGCCACAUCCUGUGCAAGAGCUGCAGUGCCCGGCGCAUCCAAGACCUCUCUGCCAAAAUCUCCACCGAUUGUUAACAGGGCGGAUGCCCCGCUCCCCAAACCAACCGAGAGUCCUCAAUUCACAAAAAAGUCCAUAAUAUAAUAUCAUAAUGUCUGGGCUUGGUUUGCAUAGAAAAACUCAAUUGACGAAAUUAAAAUUUCACCUCAGAGGUGCAUCUGUAGAACUGGCUUAUAAUGUUAAUGUCCCGCCAACUGCAGAAAAGUGAGAUGGUUUGGUACAAUGAGAAAUUCUAUAUAAAUGUUCCUAUGAGCAAACGAUUACAAAACCUCUUUCUCCAAACAAUGCAUAUUGGUUGAUUGUAAAAUAAAUUUAAAAAAAGAAACAUUUGAAAUGUUAUCCAAGAUUUAUGAUCUCAUUAAUAAACCACAUAACCAUGUGCUGAUAUUAGGGAGCUCUCGCUAGCCAACAAUGGAGCAUCUCUGAUGUGUGUGUUAAAAGAAAAAAAGAAAAAAAAAGAAAUCGUAACUGAGGAUAACACGGACAAUAAAAUGGGAAUUGCAAUUGCUUCAAACCACGUCCUAGGUCUAGCAAUGUUUUUGCAGUGGACGGGACUUUAACACUCUAUUGCAGAUAGUAUAGAACGUGUCCAUCUCACUGGUAAUAUGUUGCCAGUAAUGAUGUGAUAUGGACAGAAGUCGAGCCUUAACCACCAUCUCAAGACCUUUGUCAGUCCAGUUGAAAUUAAAGGUGGUGUAAAAUUCUGAGCGCAGAGUCAGUACUGCACUGGGCUCCUGUACUGCAGGCAGCAGGAGCAGAACUUGCCCCCUCCCUUGAUCCAUACUGCACCGGAGCGAAUUUCACGCUCUACUAUGUGGAGGGCAAUGGGAAGAGGCGUAACAGCCGUAACAUAAUGAAAAUUAUAGUAAUACUUAGUAUCAUGAUAAACAUUAAGAUAUUUCUCAUUGCUGCAUGAAAUCGUUUUUUUGUUGCUCCAGGUAGUUCACAUUGCAGACUCAUGUCAAUUUAAGACGAUUGCUUCAUGGGUUUGUUGAUCACAGAGCCUAACAGAAAGUUUUCUUUUUUUUAUUGUUUUUAUUGUUUUUUUUGCUUAGGGUUGCUGUAACGAUUAAUCACAUGUUCAGGAAUGGCACUACCGAAUGUUUUACAUGAAGGAACAGUAAUUUGUACAUUGUUGGAUUUAGUGACGCCCUUUUUGAAAUGCACAAAUAUUCCUGUACCAGUCUGUCAGGGCAUGGAAAAAGUCUGAGUGGUGAGGAUGGUUCUGUAGGUUCAGCAGGUGGUUGAUGAACUGGGAGGAUAAGUGUUUAGUGAGGGAGGUAGUAGAUGGAUGAAAGGGCAAACUGGCCUGUUCCCAUUUGCUUGUUAUUUUGAGCGUUCUGACCCUGCUGUUGAAAUGUGAUGAUUUUAGCACAGUGUUUGAGAAACCUUGUAGGAUGUUAUUUUCUCUGUUGCUUUUUUUUUGGUGUUGUGACUUGACUGUUACUGAUAAAAGUGCAAUGAAGAAGCAUAUCUGUUCCAUGUCUUAACCACCCAUUUGGGGGUUUUUCACAUCUCUGAUUUGCUCUGAUUGAUAGUAUCGAUAUCGCACACUUGACCAGUCACCUUGCUGGUUGUGAAAUGCCCCCAUCUUUGUUGUACUUUUGUUUAUUUUGCCAAUUUUGUUACAGAAGUUUUCUGUAGACGUAGGUCAUGUCAGUGUUUGUUUGCAAUGUAUUGUUUUGCUUUUCAUAAAUGCAAGCAAUUUAAAGUAUGAAGGAGAAAAAUGGAAGUAGCACAGCUCCAGCAGUGGAAGAUUUAGGUUGCCCAACUUGAGCCUCAUUCAAUUCAGCAGUCUGUAUUCACCCCUCUGUCCCAGAGCGAGAUAUCAUUACCUGCAGGAAUGCUAUAUAAAUAAAAUUUAAUUUGAUUUGAAGAAACCAGUCUGUUAACACACAGAACACAUCUAGCUUUUUUUUCAUUUUUAUUAACCAUUGUAGACUUCCUCUCAACCAUUCACAAGUGUCUGUGUGACUUACAUUGAGAAACGAUAAUGACUGGUUCACGCAAGCGGUGAAAGGCAUACGACAUAGUGCAGGCAAUGUCAGGCAUCAUAAAUAUUGCCAUUUAUUGAAGGACAUUUCAGUGACUCCAAAUAUAUGAAAAUCACAGGGUUCCAUUAUCCUCAACCUCCAAAAAAAAUGAAUUCAUGAAUCUUUUGGAGCUGUGUAUUUUUCUUAUUUAUUGUGUUUCACUUCACCAAUGUCUUUGCUUGUUGGAUUUUGUUUGUUUUUAAUUUGCUUAAUAUUUUGGUGUCUCUUUAAUAACUUUGGUAGUAACUCUUGUAAAUUAUGCAGUGAAUGGCAGUGUACCACAUAAUACAUCUUUAGUCUUGGUGAUACAAUGGGAAGUGGUCUCUGUUGGAUUGUUAUUCUAUAUUGUACAGACUAUAUUGUUAAGUGCAAUAUAGUCUAUAUAGUCAAUAUAAUCCACCAGGUUCAGCUAGAUGAGAAGAACUAAAAUUGCAUUUAAAAAGCCGGCAUUGUAGCCAGUGUUUUGUCCCUUUUCAUUUCAGUUCUUAAUCCAGGGCAUUGGCUGUCAAUGAAACAGUGUUGGUGCUGAAAAGCAAUGAUUCUUGAAAAUCUUGUGAUCAGUAUCCUGUGUGCUACGUUUUGUAUGAAGGAUUUUGAUUGUAGAUGCAGUGUUCUAGUGGCUGAAUGUUAGUUAAAGGUGUGUGCGUGCGUGUGUGCUAACUCCCAGUGCAGUUGUAGAAAACUGCUCUGUUAAUAAAUCCAUCCAUUUUUUUCAGCAA